AAGAAAUUCACUUUUUUUUUUGUACUCACCUGAAAUGGAUCCCGAAAAAGAAACUGGCCCGACCCGUCGACCGGUAAUGGCAGACUCUGCCAAAGUAAAAAACAAAGUUAAGACUCUUAAGAGGAGCAAAAUCCUAAUUCAUCAUUGUGGAGAAGAAGGGCAGCUGUACGAUGAUCACCGGCGGAGUCGAAGACGAGGAAAAAUGGCUCGCCGCCGGGAUCACCGGCCUUCAACAGAACGCUUUCUACAUGCAUCGCGCUCUCGACUCGAACAAUCUUAAGGAUGCAUUGAAGUAUUCUGCUCAGAUGCUCUCGGAGCUUCGAACUUCUAGACUAUCGCCGCACAAAUACUACGAACUGUAUAUGAGAGCUUUUGAUGAAUUGAGAAAGCUUGAGAUUUUCUUCAGAGAGGAGACGACUAGAGGGUGCUCCAUUGUCGAGUUGUAUGAGCUUGUCCAGCAUGCCGGCAAUAUUUUACCCAGAUUGUACUUACUUUGCACAGUUGGGUCUGUGUACAUCAAAACCAAGGAAGCCCCUGCCAAAGACAUUCUGAAAGAUCUUGUAGAAAUGUGUCGUGGUAUACAACAUCCUUUGCGUGGACUCUUCUUAAGGAGUUACCUUUCUCAAGUGAGUAGGGAUAAAUUGCCUGAUAUUGGAUCUGAGUAUGAAGGGGAUGCAGACACUGUCAUGGACGCUGUAGAGUUUGUUCUUCAAAAUUUCACAGAAAUGAACAAACUUUGGGUUCGCAUGCAACAGCAGGGACCCACCAGGGAAAAGGAGAAGCGAGAAAAGGAAAGAAAUGAGCUUCGUGAUCUUGUUGGCAAGAAUUUGCAUGUUCUCAGUCAAAUUGAGGGUGUUGACCUUGACAUGUAUAAAGAAAUUGUGCUUCCUAGAGUCUUGGAGCAGGUUGUUAAUUGUAAAGAUGAACUUGCCCAGUGCUAUUUGAUGGAUUGCAUAAUUCAAGUAUUUCCCGAUGAGUAUCACUUGCAAACUCUUGAAACAUUAUUGGGUGCUUGCCCCCAGCUUCAGCCAUCAGUUGACAUAAAGACCGUGCUUUCUGGCCUGAUGGAAAGGCUCUCAAAUUAUGCUGCUUCUAGUGCAGAAGUCUUGCCCGAGUUUUUUCGAGUAGAAGCUUUUGCAAAACUCAACGUUGCCAUAGGCAAGGUAAUAGAGGCUCAAGAUGAUAUGCCUGUUGCUGGAGUUGUGACCUUGUAUGCAUCUCUUUUGACAUUCACUCUGCAUGUCCACCCUGACCGCCUUGACUAUGUAGAUCAAAUAUUGGAGGCAUGUGAGAAGAAACUUUCAGGAAAAGGGAAGCUUAAGGACACCAAAGCAACCAAACAGAUUGUCACCCUUCUCAGUGCUCCAUUAGACAAGUAUAAAGAUAUAGAUACUGUACUAAUGCUUUCUAAUUAUCCUUGUGUUAUGGAGUACCUUGAUGAUGCAACAAAGAAAGAGAUGGCUAAUAUUAUAGUUCAAACUAUUAUGAAAAAUAAGACCUGCAUUUCAACUGCUGAGAAGGUUGAAGCACUUUUUGAACUAAUGAAAGGGCUACUAAGAGAUUUAGACGAGACUCUUCCUGAUGAGCUUGACGAGGAAGAUUUUCAAGAGGAACAGAAUUCUGUUGCCAGACUUAUUCAGAUGCUCCACAACAAUGAUCCAGAAAAAAUGUUAGAGAUCAUUUGCACCGUGAAGAAGCAUAUUUUGGCUGGAGGACCAAAAAGAAUUCCAUUCACUGUCCCUCCCCUUGUUUUUAGUGCUCUGAAGUUGGCUCGGCAAGUGCAAAGUCAAGACGAUAAGGAUGGUGCUGAGGAGGUCUCUGCUAAGCCAAAGAAAAUAUUUCAAAUCUUAAAUCAGACAAUUGAAGUUCUGUCAAAUGUCCAUGCAUCUGAAUUAGCACUGAGGUUAUAUUUGCAGUGUGCUGAGGCUGCCGACGACUGUGAUCUAGAACCUGUGGCCUACGAAUUCUUUACCCAAGCCUAUAUAUUAUAUGAAGAAGAAAUUUCGGACUCUAGAGAACAAGUGACUGCUAUUCACUUAAUGAUAGGAACUCUUCAGAGAAUGCAUGUAUUCGGCAUUGAGAACAGGGAUGCAUUAACGCAUAAAGCCAAUGGGUACUCUGCAAAGCUUUUGAAGAAACCGGAUCAGUGCAGAGCUGUCUAUGCUUGCUCACAUCUCUUCUGGGUCGAUGAUCAGGACAACAUCAAGGAUGGGGAGAGGGUCUUGCUUUGCUUGAAGCGUGCCUUGCGGAUUGCAAAUGCUGCUCAGCAAAUGUCGAAUGCAACCCGAGGCAGCAGUGGAUCAGUCACACUGUUCAUUGAAAUUCUGAACAAGUAUCUAUAUUUCUUUGAGAAGGGGGUUUUGGAGGUCACGGUGGCUCUUGUCCAGAGCUUGAUUGAACUGAUCACAAAUGAGAUGCAGAGUGAAAACACAUUAUCAGAUCCUUCUGCAAAUGCUUUCUUUGCAAGCACACUGCGAUAUAUCCAGUUCCAGAAGGAUAAAGGCGGAGCUGUUGGUGAGAAGUACGAGGCAAUCAAAUCGUGAUGAAUGUCCUCUCUGAAUUUUCAUUCUUCAUCCUCCCGAAAAAGAAAACGAAUCAAAGCUCUCACCAUAUACAUCACAGCAGAAAAAGCCAUCUGUCUUUCGAGUUGAGUUGCCGACAGUAGUGUGUCAAGUAUUCCUGAUUUUUUACAUGGUUUUGUGAACUAUACGAAAAUGGGUUUUAGAGAUUGUUUUAGGUUUUCUUUUUGCCAUCCUUUUCUUUGGCCUCUUUUUAUAUUUUGGGUUUAGAGAUUGAACUGGGGAUUUUUGACAUUGUCGUCAACAUACAGAACACUUUUUUUGGUGAUGUAGUAUUAUCGAUUACUGUCAUGAUGUGUACUGUAAAGCAAAUUUUAGAAAAUUUCUCAAUAAAUUGUGUUGAAGAAGAAAUGUUGGAGAAUGAG